AUGCCUUCUGCAACAGCGGGCGCUGCCAGCAACGGAGUGCCUACGAUUGACAUUCCAAACGGCGACAACAUAGAUUCCGAGACUCCUUUCUCCGCCAACGACAACAUUCGUCGCUUUGCUCCUCCCUCGAGAGCACUGAGUCCUUCCCAGAAUGCCCUGUUCCACAACAAGACCAGAUGUUUCGUCUACGGCAUGCAGCCCAAGGCCGUCCAGGGUAUGCUGGACUUUGAUUUCAUCUGCAAGAGAAAGACUCCCUCCGUGGCCGGUAUCAUUUACACUUUCGGCGGUCAAUUCGUCAGCAAGAUGUACUGGGGUACCAGCGAGACUCUCCUCCCAGUCUACCAAUCCGUCGAGAAAGCUUUCGAGAAGCAUCCCGAUGUGGACACCAUUGUCAACUUUGCCUCUUCACGAUCCGUCUACAGCUCUACUAUGGAACUGAUGGAGAUUCCUCAGGUCCGCAGCAUUGCAAUUAUUGCUGAGGGUGUCCCUGAGCGACGUGCCCGUGAGAUCAUGGUCAAGUCAAAGGAGAGGGGAAUCACAAUCAUUGGCCCGGCCACCGUCGGUGGCAUCAAGCCCGGUGCAUUUAAGAUCGGCAACACUGGCGGUAUGAUGGACAACAUUGUUGCUUCCAAGCUCUACCGCAAGGGUUCCGUUGGCUACGUCUCCAAGUCCGGUGGUAUGUCCAACGAGCUCAACAACAUCAUCUCUCAAAACACAGAUGGUGUUUACGAAGGUAUUGCCAUUGGUGGUGACAGAUAUCCGGGAACUUCCUUCAUUGACCACCUCCUCCGAUACCAACAAGAGCCAGAAUGCAAGAUCCUCUUGCUCCUUGGUGAGGUUGGUGGUGUCGAGGAGUAUCGAGUCAUUGAGGCUGUGAAGAAUGGUCAAAUCACCAAGCCCAUUGUCGCCUGGGCCAUUGGUACUUGCGCCAGCAUGUUCAAGACCGAAGUCCAAUUCGGUCACGCUGGUGCUUCGGCCAACUCCCAGCUCGAAACCGCUGUUGUCAAGAACCAGAAGAUGAGAGAGGCCGGCUUCUACGUCCCCGAUACUUUCGAAGACAUGCCCAAGGUCCUCAGUGACCUUUACCAGAAACUCGUCAAGCAAGGCACUAUCAAGCCUGCUCCUGAGCCAGCCGUGCCCAAGAUCCCCAUGGAUUAUGCCUGGGCGCAAGAACUUGGGCUUAUCCGAAAGCCUGCCUCGUUCAUUUCCACCAUCUCCGACGACAGAGGCCAGGAAUUGCUCUACGCGGGUAUGCCCAUUUCGGACGUCUUCAAGGAGGAAAUUGGUAUUGGCGGUGUCAUGUCUCUUCUGUGGUUCCGUCGCCGCCUCCCUGCCUACGCCAGCAGAUUCUUGGAAAUGGUGCUCAUGUUGACUGCCGAUCACGGUCCAGCCGUGUCUGGUGCCAUGAACACCAUCAUCACUGCGCGUGCAGGCAAAGAUUUGAUCUCUUCGCUAGUCGCUGGUCUAUUGACCAUUGGCUCUCGAUUUGGUGGCGCCUUGGAUGGUGCCGCCGAGGAGUUCACCAAGGCCUUUGACAAAGGCUGGUCUCCCAGAGAGUUUGUUGACACCAUGAGAAAAGAGAACAAGCUCAUCCCUGGUAUCGGUCACCGAAUCAAGUCCCGCAACAACCCUGAUUUGCGUGUGGAACUUGUCAAGGACUUUGUCCUCAAGCACUUCCCAUCGCACAAGCUUUUGGAUUAUGCAAUUGCCGUUGAGACCGUGACUACCUCGAAGAAGGAUAACUUGAUCUUGAACGUCGAUGGUUGCAUUGCUGUCUGCUUCGUCGACUUGCUCCGGGACGGAGGUUCUUUCUCCGCCGAAGAAGCCGAGCAAUAUCUCUCCAUUGGCGUUUUGAACGGUCUGUUCGUCUUGGGUCGUUCCAUUGGUCUCAUUGCCCAUUACCUGGAUCAAAAGAGACUGCGCACUGGAUUGUACAGACAUCCUUGGGACGAUAUCACAUACCUUCUUCCAACUCUUGGAAAGACUCCCGGGAACGAAGGCCGUGUGGAGGUCAGCACCCAGUGA